AUGGAAUCUCACAUAGAUGGAGUUGUCUUUUUGGCUACCGAUUUUGCAAGGAAGGAUGAGAAAAAAGAUGAAAGAGUGGAUCGCAUUUUGGAUAUGAUCCAAAGAAAACAUGAUUGGAACAAUCAUGUUUGGGGAGUAAAAGAAGCUACCAGCUCCAAAUUUGAGGAAGCUGCCGAAGAGGAAGGAGAUGAUCAAGCAGCUGAUACUGAGAUUGGCGAGAAUAGUCAUGUUGCAGAGAAUGUUGAUGACACAGCUGAUGUUUCGGGACGAAACAAGAGAAAGCGUGCGGACCGAGGAGCAGAUUCAAGGAAGAAGAAGGUGUUGUGCCAGCUAGCUGCUUCAUCGAAAGGGAACAUUGAAACAGAUAUGAAAAACUUCUUGGAGGGUCUGCUUCGGAGAGAUACUGGGCAGUUUGAGACAGUUGUAACCGACAGGUUGGGAAAAAUUGAAGCUGAGGUUACACAGCUCAUGACAACUUUAGUGGUGACUGAAAUGGUUGGGAAGAGUGAUCAACCAGCCGGUCCUAGCAAGACCAAAAUCGUCACUGGUCCUAGCACGAGCAAAAAAGACACAGCUCCAUCAAAGAAAAAGGUAACUACUAAGAGAAAGCAUUAA